GCAGUCGGAGGACAUCAGCUUGGAAACCACCGUCCCCACCGACGAGCUGUCCUCCUCCGAGGAGCGGGAGGGCGCGGCGCGGGUCACCAGGCAGCUGAUCGAGCGCAAGGAGCUGCUGCACGGCCUGCAGCUGCUGAAGAUAGAGCUGUCGCAGAAAAACCUGAUGAUCGACAACCUGAAAGUGGAAUACUUGACCAAGAUUGAAGAGCUAGAAGAGAAGCUGAAUGAUGCAAUCCAUCAGAAGCAGCUGUUGUCUUUACGACUGGAUAGCCAGCUGGCAUUGCAGCAAGAAGAUGCUAGAAAACAUCAGACGCUAAUGAAACAAGAAAUGGAAACUAUUUUAUUGAGACAAAAGCAACUGGAAGAAACAAAUCAUCAGUUAAGGGAGAGGGCUGGAGAUAUCCGUCGUAGUUUGCGUGACUUGGAAUUAACAGAGGAUGGCUACGAGAAGCUGAAGUCUCUGCCUGAAGAUCAGCUUUCCAUCCCAGAAUAUGUUUCUGUGAGUAUUGUGUCCUGCAUUGGCUUAAAAUACAGCCCUGUGGAGGGUCAGAUUGGGUUGGAAUUCACUUUCUUCAUGACAACUUUAUUCUUCCUGUGUUUUGGUUUUGUGGCUAAACAGUGAUGAAACACACCAGGGCUUUGGCUGUUGCUGGAAAUUGCAUGUUGUUGAGGCUUUGUCUUUCCGCUACCUUGGCUCUAAAAAGGCUGGGGGUUGGCAUGAGGUUGAAAGAGGACACAGCUGGGAGAGCUGGUUAAGGGGAUAUACACAGUGUCAUGCUCAGCAAUACAAACUGGAGGAACUGGAGGCAGAGGAGGAAGGUGGGGGAUGGUAGCUUCCAAGCUGUCUAUCACUCAGACUGGCUGGUUAUGCAUCUGCUUGUGGGAGGUGAUGAGUGACUGUCUCAGCAUUGCUUUUUUUUCCUUUUAAAUUCCCCUCCCUCCAUCUUUUAUUAAACAGU